CAAAGCUCUCCUUCGCCUUCUUCUAAUAUAGGAGAUAAACUCGAUGCCUCCUCUGGGAUCUCAAAAUGAUAAGGAUAAGAUGAAGGCUUCCAAUUUCCCAAUCACCACCUUUACUGUAGGAAACUGGAAGAGGGAGACUAUUCGCAAAGGAGACUUGACUGCCAAGAUCUACUAUUGCAAGAAGAAGUUGGUGUGGGAGUUUCUCAAUGGGCCAUUGAAGAGCAAAAUGGAAGUUUGUUGGUCUGGCAUCAUUGCUAUUGAGGCUGCUAUGAACCACCCUAAUCAACCCGGAUUUCUUCGAGUUGAGUUGGCUAAGCCUCCUCUCUUCUUCCGAGAAAUCCCACCUCAGCAGCGAAAGCAGACUAAAUGGGAGCCGGUAGAUGAUUUCACUGGUGGCCAAGCCCUACUUUGCAGGAGACAUGAAGCUACGUUCCCUCCCGGGGCACUUGAUAAACACUACGAGAAGCUUCUGCUAAACGAUGAGCGUUUAGCUAGGGUCAGUCGCAGGCUCUUCCCGACUAAUGGAUCAUUUUUGCCAUUACAACAGAUCCCACAGCAGCAACAGCUUCACCAUUCUCUAAAUGCUAACUUCAUAGCAGCAUCAUCAUCAGGCAAUGGUGUCAUGGGGAAUCAAAUCAACAACGAGCGAACAUUUGUCGAUUCAUCAAGACAGAACCUUCUUGCUGUUCGCGAUCAACUACUUCAUCAGUACAAUGGUGUGGUUCUCAACAACGAGCCAACAUUGGGGAAUCAAAUCAACAACGAGCGAACAUUUGUCGAUUCAUCAAGACAGAACCUUCUUGCUGUUCGCGAUCAACGACUUCAUCAGUACAAUGGUGUGGUUCUCAACAACGAGCCAACAUUGGGGAAUCAAAUCAACAACGAGCGAACAUUUGUCGAUUCAUCAAGACAGAACCUUCUUGCUGUUCGCGAUCAACUACUUCAUCAGUACAAUGGUGUGGUUCUCAACAACGAGCCAACAUUUGUGGGCUCGUCUAGUAAGAACCCUCUUAAUGUUGGUGGUAAAAAACUUUAUCAGCACAAUUAUAUGGCUAACAACAAUGAGCCAACAUUUGUGGGCUCAUCAAGUCAGAACCCUAUAGUUGUUUCGGACGAUAUGGCUGCCCCCUUCAUCCAUCCUCCGAGUAGCUGCCCGCCAAAGUUCCAACACGGCCUAAUUGAAGUAGAGUAUUCAGAUGCUGGUGAGCAGGCCUUGGCUGAUGCGAUAGUAAGGGAGGCGAACGCAACGUGUGAUGCUUUCGCAUCGUCUUUGAUCGAACUGUUUACAGUGCAAGGUCAGGGAAAUGAGCCAGUUGGAGGUGGUAAUGUAAAUGAAGCUUCAUCUACUUCUCCUGCUCCACCAACAGGGCCAUGAAGAAAUGGUUAAAACUUGCAAUUAUGUUAUGGUACAAACAUAAC